CGGAAACUCAACCACUUGUCGGUGUAUUAUUGGUCUCACCACCAAAAACAACGAGUCCACGUGGUUCCCGCGUAAAAUACCUGUAACUGAACCCCGUCCCCUUUCCAUCCCCUGAAAAUAAAAAGCCGUCCCACCACCACCGCCAUCCCGAAUCGCCUCACCCCUCAUAUACUCUCAACGGCCAAAUCUGUCUCAAAAUGACGAUUUUGGCCUCUGCCGACCGGAAGUGCCGCCGGAGCCCCAGAGCACCCCUCCUCCCCCAAAAGUACGAUGAUGCCGAUUCCUUUGAGGUUGGCUUCUCCGGCGCCUCUUUCUCGGGCGCUGUCUUCAAUCUCUCCACCACCGUAGUUGGGGCAGGGAUCAUGGCUCUUCCCGCCACCAUUAAGCAAUUAGGGAUGAUUCCGGGCUUGAUCAUGAUUCUAUUGGGUGCGCUAUUGACCGAAUCCUCUAUCGAAAUGAUUUUGAGAUUCAGUCGUGCUUCCAAGUCCUCCUCCUAUUCCGGUGUUGUCGGUGAUGCUUUCGGUGGCGUUGGCCGGACGGUUUUGCAGAUUUGCGUCGUUGUUAAUAAUAUGGGGAUGCUCAUCGUCUACAUGAUCAUCAUCGGCGAUGUGCUAUCGGGAACAUGGUUGGACAAGGUUCACCAUUUGGGCGUGGUGGAGGAAUGGUUUGGUCAACAUUGGUGGAGCACACGCUCCUUCUUGUUGCUUCUAACAACUCUCCUUGUUUUGACUCCGCUUAUAUCAUUCAAGCGUGUUGAUUCAUUGAGAUACACAUCAGCUUUGUCUGUCGCUUUGGCUGUUGUUUUUGUGGCAAUCACUGCUGGAGUAGCUAUCGUCAAAUUGGUGGAGGGAAGUAUUGGAAUGCCACGUCUACUGCCUGAAAUUGUCGAUCAGGCUUCAUUCUGGAAGCUUUUCACGACUGUUCCUGUUCUGGUCACUGCCUAUAUAUGCCAUCACAACAUUCACCCAAUUGAGAAAGAGCUCCACGACCAAACUCAGAUGAAACCUAUUGUGCGGACAUCCCUUAUGUUGUGCACAUCAGUCUAUAUUGCUACCAGCUUCUUUGGAUUUCUUCUUUUUGGGGACCGAACGCUUGAUGAUGUGCUGGCCAAUUUUGAUGGUGAUCUUGGGAUCCCAUAUAGUUCAUUGCUUAAUGAUGUGGUGAGGGUGAGCUAUGCCAUCCACUUGAUGCUAGUGUUUCCAAUCGUUUUCUUCUCCCUUCGCCUCAACCUAGAUGGUCUUCUCUUUCCAUAUGCCAUCCCCAUUGCCUUUGAUAGCCGGAGAUUCUUCUCACUUACUGCUGCUCUCAUGGGUUUUAUCUUUUUGGGUGCUAAUUUCGUGCCUAGCAUUUGGGAUGCCUUUCAGUUCACUGGUGCCACAGCUGCUGUUGCUGUUGGGUUCAUCUUUCCAGCUGCUAUAGCCCUUAGGGACACUCAUGGAAUCGCAACAAAGAAUGACAGACUGGUAUCAUGUGUGAUGAUCCUCUUGGCUGUGUCAGCCAGCACGGUUGCCAUCUCCAGUGACAUUUAUAGCAUUUUCAAUAGAUGACAGUGGUGGAAGUUGGCCUUACAGGGAGGGUAAACUCAUACAAUUUAUCAGUGGCUUUGAGAUACAGACUAGAAUAGAGAGUAUUUAUUUGAUAAAAAAGGGCAGCCCUGAGAUGCAGUAAGAGGAUUGCUCCAGUUCCCAGUCUGGUUGCAGAAGCCAAUUUUGUCUUCUCUAAAUUCUUUUUGGGGAAUAUGUUGUUAUUUUACACUAUUGUAAUAACUGAAACUCAAAAGUGACGGGAGCAAUUUUGAAUUCUAUCAGGUUAUUGCAUGUAACUUAACAAACUUGGAUGGCUUCCAGAUUGGUUGCAAUAACAAAUUGCCACUUCUUUCUUCA